AUGGCAUGGAUGCCGCAGUCCGACGCGUCCGAGAUUCCUCCUCGGCCACCAUUGAACUCGCAGCAAUCGAGCUCCCUCCCCUCGACCCCUUACCAACAUGCGCGCAAUCUCUCCUUUCACUCGCGGACACCGUCCCCCGCCCGCGGAAGCACCUCGCCCCGCUCGACUCACUCCGAAUCCACACAUCUACCUCCUUCGACUCGAAAACCAUUCGAGGGCUGUAAAUACGAGACGGCCAUGGCGUAUUUUCGGAGACGAAUACCGUACAGCUUGGGGGCCGAUAUACUGCCGGAGGAGAAGGAGGGAUUGAAAGAGGCACUCGAGCCCGAGGAGGAGAAGAAAUUGACGGCCGACAUCAUGGACCUCUACGAUCGAUUACUACCUUCUGCGGAGAGUGAUGACCGACGCCGGCAACUGGUCGCCAAAUUGGAGAACCUUUUCAACGAGCAAUGGCCCGCCCACGAAAUCAAAGCUCAUGUCUUCGGUUCCUCGGGGAAUAAACUGUGCUCUAGCGACUCGGAUGUGGACAUCUGUAUCACGACCGACUACAAGGAGCUGGAGCAUGUGUGUCUGUUGGCAGAGGCUUUGGCGAAGCAUGGGAUGGAGCGAGUUGUCUGUGUUUCUCAUGCCAAGGUUCCUAUCGUGAAAAUUUGGGACCCCGAGCUGAAACUGGCGUGCGACAUGAACGUGAACAACACCCUUGCCUUGGAAAACACUCGUAUGAUCCGGACAUAUGUCGAGGUUGACGAGCGGGUACGCCCGUUGGCGAUGAGUGUCAAACAUUGGACAAAACGACGGAUUCUGAACGAUGCGGCCCUUGGAGGCACGUUGAGUUCUUACACCUGGAUCUGUCUAAUCAUCAACUUUUUGCAAACGAUUGACCCGCCUAUUCUUCCCAGCUUGCAAGCUCGCCCUCACCAAAAAAGGGUUACUCCCGAUGGAUUGGUGUAUUCGUUUGAUGAUGACCUCGAAACGUUGAGUCAGUUUGGCCAGAAGAAUAAGCAGUCCGUGGGAGAAUUGUUCUUUGCAUUCUUUCGUUACUACGGACACGAGUUGAACUACGAGAAAAGCGUCAUUUCUGUACGCGAGGGUGGUUUGGUUUCCAAGGACGCCAAAAACUGGACCUUUUCGGUGAACAAUCGGCUUUGUGUGGAGGAACCGUUCAAUACGUCAAGAAACCUGGGGAAUACAGCAGAUGACACGUCUUUCCGAGGCUUGCAUCUGGAGUUGCGGAGAGCCUUCAAGUUUGCCGCUAAGGGUGACUUGGCUGGUUGUUGCGAAAAAUUCGAGUUUCCUCAGGAGGAAGAGCGGACAUGGGAACGACCACCGCCCCAACCACGACCGACCCUUACUCAUUCUGUCCCCUCGCGUGGUGGCCGGGGAGGUGGACGCGGAGGAAGGUAUACGAAUCAGUUCUCAAGAGGCGGUUUCUCUGGUGGCCGUCGGACCUCAAAUACGGGCAAGCCCAACUCAUUCCGUCAGCCGAAUACCAAUGUCACCAAUGCAUCUGAACUGUCUCUGCAAGCUCAACAGCAGGCUCAGUACAUGUUACACGAUCAGCUGUACCAGCAGAUCCAGCUCCUUCAGGCGCAAGAACAGGAGCUGAGGAUGCAGUUGCACAACCAGGCACUGAUCACUGGGCGGCCACCGCCUGUGUUCCUCCGGCAGCCCUUUAUCCAGUUUCCUAUGCCUCAGCAACAGGAAUACUCACCGGAUGAAAACCCACGGUCAAGAUCAGGAACUGUCAAUCAGCCGCCCCUUUCUCCUUUAACACCGACGUCCCAAAGGCAGACCUUUGUUAACCCCACAUACGCUUCUGUGAGUGCUGUAGGCACACAAGGAACCACGACAAAUCCCCCCUCGCCUUCUGCUACUUCCGCUGUCCCCGACUUUCGUCGUAAUCCGCGGCGUUCAUCCGUUGCCGCAAAUGGAUCACCGAAAGGGUCUUUCCGAGCACACUCUCAGCCUGCGCGGCCACAGAAUUCACCCCUUCAGAACUUCGUACCGAUUUACCCGUUACCGCAACCUCUGGAUACUUCCUUUGGUUCUAGGGGACGACCGGCUCCCGAACCAUCGGAAGGCGGAGAAGGCAGCAGGGAUGAGAACUCAAUGCCCCCGAACAGUCUCCCUAGCAAUGGGUCUCGCUCAGACACCGUGGACGAAGGACGGGCUCAGGAAAUGAUGGGUUACUACAUUACUCCUCAACAACUGCAGCUGUAUCAGCAGAACGCGAUGAUCCCGUCUUUCACCUCACCUAUGGGGCUCGGGCUGCCAAAUGGCUACGCACCAUUCUUACCAGUUCAGCAAGAUUAUCGCUCUUGUGGGCUUUCGUCGGAUGGACAAAGUUCUCGAACUGAACAGUCUCCCACCCCCGUUCCGAGGGGAUCGUCAUCGCUGCCGCAACGCUCUUCCUCGUCACGACCAGCAGCUUCUUCUGGACCUUUGAUUGUGGAUGGCUCGGUGCCUCCGAGUGCAUCAAGUGAACGCCGCCCGUCGUAUGGGGCUGACCUGAUUGAUCCUUAUACCGCUGUUACGCAUUACACGUCGACUUCGGAUGAUCAUACUGUCAACACACCCGCUAGCUUCUCCGACUCCCUGUCGCAAGACUUCCAAGACCCGGGGCCUUUUGAGAUGGAGCAGACUCCGGUCUUUACUCGACCAUUCGAGACACAGAAGAUGAGCAGUAGCAAUGGCGAGUCGCAGAAAGAAAGCAUAAAUGGCCAGCCAGAGCUCCUAGCAAGCCGGUUGCAGAAUUUCCAUCUAUCGAAUGCCGAGAAGCUGGGUCGGUCCCAGUCCACAAAGACCAACUCAGAACGGCACAAGAACGGAGCGCACCCUGCGAAGGACACAGCUCAUCCCAAGGGUUCUGCAUCUAGCGACAAAACCACCAGCUCGCAACCAGGAAACGAGGCUCGCCAGCAAACAUCAUCCUCGAGGCGGAAGCCAAACGGAGUAGACGCUUCUGAGAAGGUCAACGGGGCCAAUCACGGCCACAAACCUAAGCAAAGGGGUCGGCACGAUACGUCUCACAAUACGUCAGCUCAACAAGGGGAUGCUAAGGAUCGGAAUGCUGAUCACCCGCCACGGAAGUCCGGCGGUGCUAAUGGUACCGCCGAUGCUAAUCACGGGGGGUGGCAGACGACGAAGAAAAAGCACCGUCGGGGUGCUAAAUCAUCUGCGGAACCUCGUAACGGAGUCAACGGCGCCGAGCCUCUUCCCGCAGAUGAAGCAUUGCGCAAAGGCGGUUGA